AUGAUGGACGACCCGCUCACGCCCGGCGGCGACGCGGACCAGGGCCCGCCGCCGUCGCUCAUCUGCCCGAUCACGCAGGAGCUGCUUGAGGAUCCCGUGAUCGCGGCCGACGGUUUCACGUACGAGCGGGAAGCCAUCGAGCGGUGGCUCGGCAUGGGGACGAAUCGGCGGUCGCCGACGACGAACGCGCCGUUGGCGCACCGGGCGCUCGUGCCGAACCGGUCGCUCGCGUCCUUGGUGCACGCGUAUCGAGGGAGAUUGGGGCGGUCCAUCGUUGAGUUAAUAGAGGACGCGGAGCGGUCCGAAGAUGACGUCGCGAAAUGUAUCAGACAGCUCGCCGAGCGCGGCGCGGACGUCGACGCCGUCGACGAGGCCGGACGGUCCGUGCUGCUCGUGGCGGUCUCGUCGAAGCGCUACGUCGUCGCCGACGCUUUAUUGGAUGCGGGCGCGCGCGUGUCGACGACGGACGGCUCGCCGUCGCCGGUCGUCGCGUUGCUCGACGGGGAGGACUGGAGCCAGGUGGACGAGGACGUCGAGAAUCCAUUGAGGCCCGCGUCGCCGUCGCAACUUCAGGGGAGACGCCUCAAGGCUUUGGCACGGAAGUGCAUCGAGCGGUGCCAGGCCGAGGCGGAGCGCGACGAGCGGAGGAACGCGCGCCUCCGGUCCGAGGAAGAUAGAGCGGCGCGGACGGACGCCGCGCGGGCCAGUCGCAGCACGCUGGGGCAGCUGGCCCAGGCCGGGACCCAGGACGAGGGCGUCGCGAACGGCGUCUUUGGCGCGGCGCGGCUGCGGCAGCGCGGCUUUUUUCCGUCCGUGGUGGCGUUACAAUUGACCUCGGCGCCGGCGGGGCCGGGGCGGCGGCGGUGGUCGUGCUGCGCCGUCGACGAGCCGCACGUGCCGAACGCGACGCAUCGGGAGCGCGUGGCGAUGCGGCGGCUGCGCGCGGCGAUUCUGUCUGUGGGGGCGGUGCUGCUGUUUUUUCUUUGCUUCGGGUAAUUCUUUGUUGUGUUUUUAUUACCUCAAGGCGUCUUUUUUGUUGAGUUUUAUUACCUGAAGGCGUUUUUUUUGCCCUGGACUGCUCGCAGCUCCGGUGCCGCGACGGACGGACGAACGUGCGACUGCGGCGCUUCGUCGGCGCGGAGCCGGUCCCAGACCGCGCCCAGGCGUCGCCGAUCCCAGCGAGCCGUCCGUGCGUCUUCCAUGCUCUCGCGCGUACGGUACGGGCUUGGUUUGAACGUUGCUGGCCGGCGCGGGGAGUGCCGGACGUGCCGGACGUACCUGCCAACACCGUAUGCCCGCGCAGGGCGCGACGAAGGUGGACAUGGGGCCAGAGGCUGCGGGCAAGUGUGCGCCGCAAAAAGCAGGCAGCCCCGGCCGGAAGCGGACCAGCGCCAAACCCCAGCAGCACCGUGCGUACGCGAGCUGGGAGGACGAAAACAAGGAGAACAUCGACCCGCGCACGCGGAAGGCUACUGCUACGUCGCUCGCGAAGCCGAAGGCGCUCUCGCCGACGAAGGCGAAUACGACGACGCGGGCGCGCCGGCGCCGCAACGCGAUUGUCCCCGUGGGCAGCCCGCGGUGUGUCUCCGACCUCGAGAACGCGUUCGCGGUGUUAGCCGUGUCAUCACGACGGUAA